CUCAAACCAUCAGUUCUCUUUUUCUUUAUAAGUUUCUCUGAUCUCGUAGUUAUCCCUUCUUGACUCUCUCUUUAAUUUGUUCAAUUGAAGCUUCAAAAAUGGGAGAUCUUCAGACUGUGUGUUGUAUGUGUGGCGACGUUGGUUUCCCCGACAAGCUCUUCCGCUGCAGCAAGUGCCAGAACCGCUUUCAACACUCGUAUUGCAGCAACUAUUACAGUGAAUCAUCGCAGCCAAUUGAAUUAUGUGAUUGGUGUCAAAGCGAAGAAAAGAGUUCACGACAUGGUGUAUUUUGGAAAAAAUCAUCAACUGGAGGAGUGACUAGUCGAUCAGAGUAUUCCGGCGAUAAAGUAAAGCAACAUGAUAAUCGCGAAGAGAGCGCGGAAAAAGGAAAGAGUCCAAUCACUACGCCAUCUCCAUCUCCACGGCCCAGUACACGUAGGUACAAGCUUCUCAAGGAUGUAAUGAGUUGAGUGUAAAACGAUUGUUCGUGUUAAAUUGGUUUCGUUUGGGCAAUAGUUUUCAGUAAGUAGUUGUGAAAGAUUAGUUAAUAAUGGAACCAUAUAUAUGUAUAUAGUUAUAUUUAUAAUCUGAUUGGUAUAUGAGUUUUGAUUUAAAUCUCUUUGUUCCAAUAGCACUAGUAAUUUUAUGUUGUUUUCUC